UGCACCCCAACUCCCGUGUUUAGCCCCAGACCUUCUGUCCACCGGCUGAGAAGGACGCAGGAGAAAGGCAGCCACACAGAGCAGUGCUGUGGCCUUGCUCUCAGUCAAGAGAGAUUUUGUGCAGGAGCCAGCUCUCCCUCUGGAUCCCCAUGCCGAGAAAAUGGGCCCUGCUCCUGCCCAUGCUGCUCUGCAGCCUAACUGGCCCCACACACCUGUUCCAGCCAAGCCUGGUGCUGGACACAGCCAAGAUCCUCUUGGAUAACUAUUGCUUCCCAGAGAAUCUGAUGGGGAUGCAGGAAGCCAUCGAGCAGGCCACCAAGAGUCCUGAGAUCUUAGCCAUCACCGACCCUCAGACUCUGGCUCAUGUGUUGACAGCUGGGGUGCAGAACUCCUUGAACGACCCUCGCCUGAUCAUCUCCUAUGAGCCCAGCACCCUGGAGGUUACCCCGAAAGCCCCGGCACUCAGGAACCUCACACUAGAGGAACUCAUUGAGGGGCUGCACAAUAGCCUCCGCCAUGAAGUUCUGGAAGGCAAUGUGGGCUACCUGCGGGUGGACGACAUCCCAGGCCAGGAGGUGAUGAACAAGCUGGGGAGUUUCCUGGUAGUCAACGUCUGGGAAAAGCUAAUGGGCACCUCUGCUUUGGUGUUAGACCUCCGGCACUGCACCAGGGGCCACGUUUCUGGCAUCCCCUAUGUCAUCUCCUACCUGCACCCAGGGAACACGGUCCUGCACGUGGACACCGUCUAUGACCGUCCUUCCAAUACGACUACUGAAAUCUGGACCCUGCCCGAAGUCCUGGGAGACAGGUACAGUGCGGAUAAGGAUGUGGUGGUCCUCACUAGCAGCCACACAGUGGGCGUGGCUGAGGACAUCGCCUACAUCCUCAAACAGAUGCGCAGGGCCAUUGUGGUCGGCGAGCGAACUGUGGGGGGCGCCCUGGACCUCCAGAAGCUGAGGAUAGGCCAGUCCGACUUCUUUCUCACCGUGCCUGUGUCCAGGUCCCUGGGGCCCCUGGGUGAGGGCAGCCAGACAUGGGAGGGCAGCGGAGUGCUGCCUUGUGUAGGGACACCAGCUGAGCAGGCCCUGGAGAAAGCCCUGGCCAUCCUCAAGUUGCGUCGUGCCCUUCCAGGAGUGAUCCAGCGCCUACAGGAGGUCCUGCAGGAAUACUACACGCUGGUGGACCGUGUGCCAGCCUUGCUGCACCACCUGGCCAGUAUGGACCUGUCCUCGGUGGUCUCCGAGGAGGAUCUGGUCACUAAGCUCAACGCUGGCCUGCAGGCUGUGUCUGAGGACCCCAGGCUCCUGGUGCAGGUGGUCAAGUCCAAAGAACCCUCUUCUGAGCCCAAGGAUGAAGCUGAGGAAUUGCCAGAGGUGAUCCCAGAAGUGCCCGAGGACGAGGCUGCCCGGCGGGCCCUGGUAGACGCCGUGUUCCGUGUGUCUGUGCUUCCAGGCAACGUGGGCUACCUGCGCUUUGACAGUUUUGCUGACGCCUCGGUGCUGGGGGUGCUGGCCCCAUACAUUGUGCACCAGGUGUGGGAGCCCCUGCAGGACACGGAGCACCUCAUCAUGGACCUGCGCCAGAACCCCGGGGGGCCAUCCACCGCUGUGCCCCUGCUGCUCUCCUACUUCCAGGGCCCCGACCCCGGCCCCGUGCGCCUCUUUACCACCUACGAUCGCCGCACCAAUGUCACACAGGAGCACUACAGCCGCACAGAGCUGCUGGGCCAGCGCUACAGCACCCAGCGUGGGGUGUACCUGCUCACCAGCCACCGCACUGCCACUGCAGCCGAGGAGCUGGCCUUCCUCAUGCAGUCACUGGGCUGGGCCACGCUGGUGGGCGAGAUCACCGCAGGCAGCCUGCUGCACACACACACGGUGCCCCUGCUGGAGACAACCGAGGGCGGCCUUUCGCUCACAGUGCCCGUGCUGACCUUCAUUGACAACCACGGAGAGUGCUGGCUGGGGGGUGGCGUGGUCCCUGAUGCCAUUGUGCUGGCAGAGGAAGCCCUGGACAGAGCUCAGGAAGUGCUGGAGUUCCACCGAAGCCUGGGGGAGUUGGUGGAGGGCACUGGGCACCUGCUGGAGGCACACUAUGCUCGGCCAGAGGUCGUGGGGCAGACGGGUGCCCUGCUGCGAGCCAAGCUGGCCCAGGGGGCCUACCGCACAGCGGUGGACCUGGAGUCGCUAGCCUCCCAGCUCACAGCCGACCUGCAAGAAAUGUCUGGGGACCACCGUCUGCUGGUGUUCCACAGCCCAGGUGAGAUGGUGGCUGAGGAGGUGCCUCCCCCACCCCCCGUUGUCCCCUCCCCAGAAGAGCUCUCCUAUCUCAUCGAGGCCCUGUUCAAGACGGAGGUGUUACCUGGCCGGCUGGGCUACCUGCGUUUUGAUGCCAUGGCUGAGCUGGAGACAGUGAAGGCCAUUGGGCCACAGCUGGUGCAGCUGGUGUGGCAGAAGUUGAUAGACACGGCUGCACUGGUUGUUGACCUGCGCUACAACCCUGGCAGCUACUCCACGGCUGUGCCGCUGCUCUGCUCCUACUUCUUUGAGGCGGAGCCCCGCCAGCAUCUCUACUCUGUCUUUGACAGGGCCACGUCAAGGGUCAUGGAGGUGUGGACCGUGCCCCAGGUGGCCGGUCAGCGCUACGGGCCCCAAAAGGACCUCUACAUCCUGGUCAGCCAUACCAGCGGGUCAGCGGCUGAGGCUUUUGCUCAUACCAUGCAGGAUCUUCAGCGUGCCACCAUCAUUGGGGAACCCACGGCUGGAGGGGCACUCUCUGUGGGCAUCUACCAGGUGGGCAGCAGCCCCUUAUAUGCCUCCAUGCCCACGCAGAUGGCCCUGAGUGCCAGCACUGGCGAGGCCUGGGACCUGGCUGGGGUGGAGCCAGACAUCACCGUGCCCAUGAGUGUGGCCCUCUCCACAGCCCGGGACAUAGUGGCCCUGCGUGCCAAGGUGCCCACUGUGCUGCAGACAGCUGGGAAGCUGGUAGCAGAUAACUAUGCCUCCCCCGAAAUGGGGGCCAAGAUAGCAGUCAAGCUGAGCCGACUACAGAGCCGCUACGCCAGGGUGACCUCAGAAGCCUCCCUGGCCGAGAUGCUGGAGGCUGACCUGCAGCUGCUGUCUGGAGACCCACACCUGAAGACAGCCCACAUCCCUGAGGAUGCCAAGGACCGCAUUCCUGGGAUUGUGCCCAUGCAGAUCCCUUCCCCUGAAGUCUUUGAAGACCUGAUCAAGUUUUCCUUCCACACUAACGUGCUCGAGGGCAACAUUGGCUACUUGAGGUUUGACAUGUUUGGGGACCGUGAGCUGCUCACCCAGGUCUCCGAGCUGCUGGUGGAGCACGUCUGGAAGAAGAUUAUACACACGGAUGCCCUGAUUAUCGACAUGAGGUUCAACAUCGGUGGCCCCACAUCCUCCAUCUCAGCCCUGUGUUCCUACUUCUUUGACGAAGGCCCUCCUAUUCUCCUGGACAAGAUCUAUAACCGGCCCAAUGACUCUGUCAGCGAGCUCUGGACCCACACGCAUCUCACAGGUGGAAGCUAUGGCUCCAAGAAGAGUAUCAUCAUUCUGACCAGCAGUCUGACGGCAGGCGCUGCAGAGGAAUUUACCUACAUCAUGAAGAGGCUGGGCCGGGCACUGGUCAUCGGGGAGGUGACCAGCGGGGGCUGCCAGCCCCCGCAAACCUACCACGUGGAUGACACCAACCUCUACAUCACCAUUCCCACGGCCCGCUCAGUGGGGGCUGCAGAUGGCAGCUCCUGGGAAGGGGUGGGUGUGGUGCCUGAUGUGGCUGUCCCUGCGGAAGGAGCCCUUGCCAGAGCCCAGGAGAUGCUCCAGCACACCCUGCUGAGGGCAAGGCGGAGCCUCCGUGGGCAGCGCCUCCGUAGGCAGCACCGGGGGCGGGCGGGACCUCUGGGCCACAUCCAAAGGACACUCGGACAUGAGGUCCUGACCGAGGCCCCCAAGGGAUGGAAAAGGGGCCUUCUGCACUCCAGUUGGGCAUAGAGUCAGAGGUACCCUUGGAGCUCAGCUAUCUGCUCUCUUCCCCACUGCCAGUGUUCUCUCUGUCAGGACACCUAGGAACAGGGAGCUCACCCCCUUCAAAGUCAACCCCCUCCAUAGUAGUUAUUUUAAGGAAACUAAGUCCAGAUCUGUCCCCAUCCAUGCUUCUUAACCACCCAUCCCUGGUCCUCAUGCCAUCAACUAGAGCGUUUCUGUCCAGUAGCAACAUGAUGUGAGCCAUGGAUGCCAGGCACACGUGUCACUUUACAUUUCCUCAUAACCACAUUUAAGGAAAGUAAAAAGAGUUGCCCCUCUGGCACAAUGGGUUAAGGAUCUGGCAUUGUCUCUGCUGCAGCAUGG